GGCCGCUCUGCGCCCGCCCUCAGCCGAACAUGGCGGGUGCCGGCCGUGCCUGGCGGGCCGGAGCGCUGCUGCUGCCGCCGGCCUGGCGGCUGCGGGCCCCCGGACGAGCCUUCGGCGCCGCGGCGGGACGGGGAGGCGGCGGCGGGCGGCUGUUGCUGGGCGCUGCCUUCGCGCUGGGCGGCGGCGCCGGGCUCUGCCUGGCGGUGCGGCAGCGCCUGCGGGAGCACUCGGCCGCUGAGCUGCCUUCAGGAAGCCUCCAGCUCACUCUCUACCAGUAUAAAACGUGUCCCUUCUGCAGCAAAGUCCGAGCUUUUCUUGAUUAUCAUGGACUGCCCUAUGAAGUUGUGGAAGUGAACCCAAUAAUGAGGAAAGAGAUCAAAUUCUCUUCCUACAGAAAGGUGCCCAUCCUGCUAGCCAACGCUGGGAGCCCUCUGCAAUUGAACGACUCCUCGGUUAUCAUCAGUGCAAUAAAGACCUAUCUUAUUUCCAGAAGGAAUAGCUUGGAAGAGAUCGUGUCCUUUUAUCCUCCUGUUAAAACCGUGACUGAGAAAGGCAAGGAGGUGAUGGAGUAUGAGAAUAAAUACUGGCUCAUGCUGGAUGAGAAGGAGACAAAGCGAGUUUAUCCCGUCAAAGAAGUGAGAGUGGAAGAGAUGAAGUGGAGAAAAUGGGCAGAUGAUUGGCUUGUUCACCUCAUCUCCCCCAACGUUUACCGAACCCCCAAAGAAGCCUUGGCAUCUUUUGAUUACAUUGUCCGGGAGGGGAAGUUUGGCACCUUGGAAGGUCUCUUUGCCAAGUACGUGGGCGCUGUUGCCAUGUUCUUCGUGAGCAAGAGGCUGAAGAAAAGACACAACCUUCGAGAUGAUGUCCGAGAAGACCUGUAUGAAGCAGUCAAUGAGUGGGUAAAAGCUGUUGGCAAACACCGACUGUUCAUGGGUGGGAACCAGCCGAACCUCGCUGACCUGGCUGUGUACGGGGUCCUCCGGGUCAUGGAAGGGCUGGAAGCCUUUGAUGAUAUGAUGGCUCACACCAAGAUUCAGCCUUGGUACCAGCGCAUGGAAGAAGUCAUUGAAAAAACUGGAGUUGCAAUCUGAUGCCAGCUGCAGCUGCCUCCCUGAACUACUUGCAUGGUGAAUACUUCAGAAGAAAAGGCUUUUAUUUUUAGAGUUGAAAGGACUGGUCACACCUAAAGACUGAUACGAGGGCACAGAGACCACCCCGUUCAGAAAAUCAGGUUACAGUGAAAGAAGGGUCCACCUGGGUCUAUGUAGAAGGAUGGGGACAGGUGAAAGGAAGGGAUCUUGGAUGCUGCUGGAAAGGAGAAGGUCUAAAUUGAAGAAUGCAUCAAAUAGGCUUCUUUUAGGCACAAGCCAUCCUUGGAGCAGUUUACUGUAAAAGCAAGAUGCUCUUGGCUGGUGUUAGAUGUCAGAUGUGGUAGGUCUGAGCAGCUUGUCUUCCACUACUCAUCCAUGUCAUCUGAAGUGUUUUCCUGACUGACAUACUGGAUUCUAGUUUUUAAGUGACAAUUUUUCCUGCAAUAGAAUCAUGUAAGCCCAGUGCUGAGGGAACUGGAGGAAUCCAGGGCACUGGGGAAGGCCCCCUUCCUGUGACAGCAGCGAUGCUGCACUCGGCACGAGUGUGCUUUCUCUCUUCCAUGUAAACGGUUCUCUCAGGACUUUGUAUGGUCUGCAAGGAUAAAGGAUGGCUUUAUUCUGUACCCUUUGUGAGAUCCGAGUUCUUACCUUACCCUUACACCUGAAGAGCACACCCUACACUGAAAUCACUAAUGCAGAGCAGUUAUUGGAGAGUUGUCUUGUGUGAGAGCUCUUUGGAGUACCACUGAAAAUCAGUUUGUUCUUGUUUUAGGAAAAGGAUUAAGAGCCAUCUGCAUGGCCAAGGGAUCUCCAGAUGUUUCUGCCAUGCAAGAGUAAUAAAGGAUUUGCUGUUGUA